AUGGAUAGCAAUACUGAACGUAAUAUAAGUUUUGAAGAAAAUGAUGGAAAAAAACACAAAGGUUCGGAAUCCCUAAUAAUGGAUCGUGAUGAAACUGAUAAACUUCUCCAGAAAUCGUUGGUGAGUGACGGACUUAUUAAUGCUAUUAAGGAAACAUUUUUGUCAGUCGAUUUCGUUGGUCAAUUUUGUCAGGCUAUUGUUGUGUCAGAAUCAUUCAUGCACGGGAUCUCGGAGGUAAUUCAUCAAAGAGUUGACAUGCAGGUGAAAGAUGUGAAAGAACAGUUGAAAGUAGCAAAUGAGCGAAUCGUGAAAUUAACAAAUAAAUUGAAUGACAUUGAACAAUAUAGCAAACGGCGAGAUCUCAUUAUUACAGGAAUUCCUAUGAAACAAAGGGAAGAUACAACGUCAAUUAUUAUAGAUCUGGCUAAAUCUCUUGGCGUGAAAAUUGACGUUAAAGACAUCUACGCCACACAUCGAUUACCUGUUCGUCGUAUAGAUUCUACUCAACCAAUAAUUUCUCCGAUACGUCGUGAUCGCGUAGGGAAAGGUGGCGGAGGUUUGUUGGUUUUUGUUCGCAAUGAUAUUAUAGCUAAACGCUGUAACACUUUGGAGAAUCCUGAUUUUGAGACAUUGUUUUUGGAACUCUACUUGAACGACGGGAAGAGGUAUCUACUGGGUGCGUGUUACAGGCCGGAUUGGAUAAAUUGCCUGAAAUUUAUUGAACAUCUAUCCGAUGCUCUAUAUAAAAUUCGAUCCAAUAUACAUCGGCAAUAUGACUCAAUCGUAUUUACAGGUGAUUUUAACUGUCAUUCGUAUAAAUGGUGCCCAACAAGAAAAUCAACGGUCGAAGGUGAUAUGCUGUAUGAUUUUGCUCUUAAUGAAGGUCUAGUUCAAUUAGUUAGCGAACCAACGAGGUUGAAAUCAAAAUCAUGUCUUGAUUUGAUUUUGAUGAAUAAUAUUGCUUCAGUGACAAAUGUUUGUGUAAAGAGUCCAUUAUGUUCUUCAUGCGAUCAUUCCAUUGUUUAG